AUGUCCACCGCAGCCAAGAACAGCGGCAAGAAGCCCGCCGGCAAGACUCAGCGCAGCGCCAUCGCUGACGUCGUCGCGCGCGAAUACACGAUCCACCUGCACAAGCGAGUUCAUGGUGUGUCGUUCAAGAAGAGGGCCCCCAGGGCUAUCAAGGAGAUCCGCGCUUUCGCUGAGAAGGCUAUGGGCACCAAGGAUGUCCGCCUAGACCCCCAGCUUAACAAGAAGGUGUGGGAAUCCGGCAUCAAGGGCGUUCCGUUCCGCCUACGCGUGCGCAUCUCCCGUAAGCGUAACGAUGAGGAGGGCGCUAAGGAGAAGCUGUACUCGUACGUCCAGGCCGUCAACGUCAAGGACCCUAAGGGUCUCCAGACCACUAUCGUCGAGGACGCAUAA